GUACCCCAAAAAAUGCAAGUCACUCUUCUUGCUCUUCUUCUGCUCAUCGUUCCUUUCUUUGCUUUUGCUGCAUCGCAAUAUUCGGAUGAUGAUUCUGAAUUGAUGAGCAACAACGAACGAUUUGCUCGUGAUCUUGAAUUGCGAAAGAAAUUUGCAUUCGCAUUUGCAAAGAGAAGUGCAGGAGAUGCAGAUGUUGUCAUCGAAGCUCGCAGUGGACCACAAGCUCAUGAAGGUGCUGGUAUGCGCUUUGCUUUUGCAAAAAGGCGAGCUCCAAAGGAGUUUGCCCGAUUUGCACGCGCCAGCUUCGCGUAAAUCAACAAGAUGACGUCAUAAACGAGUCAAAAACUUUCAAAAUGGGCGGCUAUUUGAAAUUUGUUAUUUUCUCGAACUAGUAAAACGUUAUUCUCCCUUCUCCCUCUCUCUCUCUCUCUCUCUCUCUUUUCUUGCUUUAUUUUUGAAAAUAAAGAUUCCAUGUGA